GGGAUAUCACAUUUCACACGCGCUGAUGUCAGUAUAUAAGCAGCAACUGAGCCAGCUAUCUGAUACAGCAAUCACUCUUUCUCAUCCCCAACACGCUAGGAAAAGUGAAGAGUUGAAGCAUACCACAACGACACAAGAAGAGAAUGUCCUUCGUCAUUUAUGCUGCUUUGUUCCUGGGUUUCGCGGCUUCAAGCCAGGCCUGCAGUUGUACGCCGCAGCAUCCCCAGGAAGCCUUCUGUAAUGCAAGAUUUGUGAUACGCGCGAAGGUUUUGUCUCAAGAGGUGGUGGGAUUCGAAAAAGUCAUCGGUUUGCGAAUCCUUAAGACGUUCAAGGGAGCGACUGUACUGAACAAGACCUACGGAGUUGGGUUCCACGGGUCUAACCAGGGAAGUCCUUUUGCCAAGGUUUACACUGCCACAGAUGGUGCCGGCUGUGGUCUUGACUUGAUUCAGAACAACAAAAGAUACGUCAUCUUCGGAAGGUUCCGCAAAGGGAAACUUUGGGUGAGCUUUUGCGAUUUUGUACAAGAGUGGUCCCAGGUCCUCAACCGCCAUGCUCUACGUGUUGGUAUCAGGCGCUUCUUUGGCCAAAACUGCGACUGUCAGCUUGCACCGUGUUAUGGCAUAGACUGUGGAAAGCUGAAAGGAUGUGCUUCAACCUCUCUGUCUCCUCGUAGGAACCCCUGUGAGUGGGACCACUCCUAUUGCGUGAAAAAUUCCAAAGGAACCGCCUGCUCCUGGUACGAAACACCAAAGUACAAAGAAUGCAUGGCUAGCCAUGAGCCCUAACUAGACUAUAAAUCACAAUUUUUCUCAAACGCUUUUGUGCGAAAACGGUAACGACUACAGGCUAAUUAAUUUUCUUUUAACAGAGAGCAUGUGUAACAGAAUUGAAAUUUGUCUUAACCCACAACUCCCUAGAUUUAAUACUUAAUUCACCCCUCUAGCUGCUUCACAUUUCCUUUUAAAUUAGAACGAGAUUUUGGUGUUAGAUCUUGCUAACAAAUUCUGCUUGAUAAGUUUUAGUAUUCUCAUCACCUGUUUGCUGGAUAAUGUACGGAUAGUACGAGGAGAAAAAAAAAAAAACAUGUAAAUCACCUCUGGGCGUUGAAGGGUUAAUAAUUUUGAGUCUUACGCGAGAAUUACUACCUUAGUGAUAAGAUAUUUUGAUCCUUUGGCUGUAUUUCCAAACAGCCAAUACUUUUUUCCGUUGGUUAUUCCUAAGAAUAAGGUGUUAAUAUUUUAUUAUUUGUCAGAACAAAAUAUACAUAACAUUAAAGAAAGAAAUUUAAGCACUGAUCACUCUAAGGAAUGAAAGAAAAUAUGUUUUUCAGUGAAAUAAUUAAAAAACAAUGAAUAUUUGUUUACAAGCAGUUUUAGCGACAAUAGUGACAGACAAAAUUGACAAACAUAUUUGGCUUACAUUUUUCUUUACAAAGUAGCGAAUUUUCUCUUACUAAGGAACGAUUCAGAAAGAUAUCCGACAAGAAUUAACGAACGUAGUAUUUUAACGUACGUUUCAUCAAUACUUGAUGACAGUCGCCAUCUUAUAUGUGCGAUGAAGAAGUUAGUUUGACAUGUGAAUUCUACAUCGGAAAUUCAUGUUAAAAGGUUCAGUCUGAUUCAACUAAUUGAAUAAGUCUUGAGUCUUCCAAAACAUUGUAGCCUAACGUCUGAGUUACAUUUUGAAUAAGUUAGAAUAAAAUUAAAAAGUUUAAGUCAAGCUG